AUGGCUGACCUAUACCCCUCAUUGGCGCAGUGCGCCAUCGUUGCAACUGCCUUCAAGGUGCUGCUCUUCCCCGCAUACAAAUCUACCGAUUUUGAGGUCCACCGCAAUUGGCUCGCCAUCACCCAUUCUCUCCCCAUCCAAGAGUGGUACUAUGAGAAAACUUCGGAAUGGACACUCGAUUACCCACCCUUCUUUGCAGCCUUCGAGUGGCUGAUGUCGCAGGCUGCUGCAUACGCAGACCCUGCGAUGUUAGUCGUAAAGAACCUUGGCUAUGAUUCCUGGCAGACUGUCUACUUCCAAAGAGCAACUGUGAUCUUGACGGAGCUGGUUCUUGUCUAUGCGCUUAGUCGAUUUGUCAAGUCCGUUCCUUUUCCGAACAAGCAGGCAGCGCAUGUAGCCAGUCUUUCCAUCCUACUAUCCCCCGGUCUCCUCAUCAUCGAUCACAUCCAUUUCCAAUACAAUGGCUUCAUGUAUGGAAUCCUGAUCCUAUCAAUUGUCCUCGCUCGCAAACAAUCGACUCUUCUCUACAGCGGCAUCCUCUUCGCGGUACUGCUAUGCAUGAAGCACAUAUACCUCUACCUCGCUCUCGCCUACUUCGUCUAUCUGCUGCGCACCUAUUGCCUUAGUCUCAAAUCGGUUUUCCGGCCCCGGUUCGGCAAUAUUUUCAAACUAGGAUUCUGCGUGGUGGGCGUUUUUGCAAUUGCCUUUGGGCCAUUUGCGCAAUGGGGACAAUUGCUGCAGCUCAAGGACAGGCUGUUUCCGUUUUCGAGAGGGCUGUGUCACGCGUACUGGGCGCCAAAUAUCUGGGCUAUGUACUCCUUCGCUGAUCGAGCAUUGAUUUCCCUUGCACCACGGCUAGGACUUCCAGUGAACACUGAUGCUCUAAACAGCGUCACACGAGGACUGGUGGGAGACACCUCUUUCGCUGUCCUACCGGAGGUUACAAAGGAGCACACCUUUAUAUUGACAUUCUUGUUCCAACUGAUUCCUCUCGUUAAGGUGUGGUUCAACCCAGGCUGUUGGGAUACCUUUGUCGGUGCGAUCACCCUCUGCGGCUAUGCAUCAUUCCUCUUUGGUUGGCAUGUACAUGAGAAAGCCAUUCUCCUCAUUAUCAUUCCAUUCAGUCUCAUCGCCCUCAAGGACCGUCGCUACUUCAGCGCCUUCCGACCUCUGGCAGUUGCGGGCCAUGUCUCACUCUUCCCGCUAUUGUUUACAGCUGCCGAAUUCCCCCUCAAGACUAUUUAUACAGUCCUGUGGUUGGUGCUAUUCCUCUUCGUCUUCGACCGAGUAGCACCUGUCCCCGAGCGGCCCCGAAUUUUCAUAUUCGACCGACUUUCGCUGCUUUAUUUGACCAUUUCUAUUCCUUUGAUUAUCUACUGUUCCCUGGGGCACCAGUUGAUCUUCGGGUGGGACCGGCUCGAGUUCCUACCAUUGAUGUUCAUGAGCAGUUAUUGUGCCCUUGGAGUUGUCGGAAGCUGGGCUGGGUUUAUGGUGGUUUAUUUUACAGCUUAG